AUAAAAAUUUCGUUAAAUAUACAUGACCGGAAAUCCACAACAGUCGCGCAGGCGUUGUUGAAUGUUUCUAUUAGCAACGCUGGUAGCGAUUUGAUUCUGUAUACAGAAGAACUGCAGAAUUUCAAAAGGUGACAUAUAUUCUAAUGAAUUUGUAAAAAGCAAUAACCAGCAACAAAGAUGGAGAUAGUAUAUGUAUACACUAAAAAGCGGGCCGAGUUUGGCCGACAGUGCAAUUUCACUGAUCGUGCAGCUGAAUUACAUGUAGAUAUUCUGCCAGAUCCCAGCCUAGCAGAAAACUUUGUAGAAAGGAAUCCAGUUGACUCAGGAAUACAAUGUGUCCAAGAAAUGUCUGAACAUGAGGUCAAUACUGAAAGAUUUGAAACUGGAUCUCGAGGUAUAAACCACACAGAAGGUGGCUGGCCUAAAGACAUCAACCCACAAGAAGUAGAACAGGUCACUAGGUUUAGAAAGAAGGUAGAAAAAGAUGAAAUGUAUGUCAACACAAUUAAUCAUCUUGGAACAGUUAUGGAACACUGUAUAAAACAAAAUAAUGCUAUAGAUAUCUAUGAAGAAUAUUUUGAAAACAUUCACUUGGAUGAAGUUGAAGAAUCACCGUCUGCCAAAACCAUCAAUGUAUUUAGAGAUCCAAAUGAGAUCAAGAGAACAGCAACACAUAUAUCCUGGUUCCCAGAUGGUCCCAGAAAACUGGCAGUGGCCUACUGUAACUUAGAGUUCCAGGGAUCUUCCCCAGAUACCAGUAUGGACUCUUACAUCUGGGAUGUUGAAAAUCCAAACAAACCAGAAAUGACUCUGAAACCAGUUUCACCCUUGGUGUGUGUAGAAUACAAUCCUAAAGACUCUCAUGUUCUCCUCGGUGGUUGCUACAAUGGACAAAUUGCUUACUGGGAUGUGAGAAAGGGUUCUCAGCCUGUAGAAAUGUCACCAAUUGAACACAGUCACAGAGACCCAGCCUACAAGACUAUCUGGAUCCAGUCUAAGACUGGUACCGAAUGUUUCUCAGCAUCAUCAGAUGGUCAGGCACUGUGGUGGGAUAUUAGAAAAAUGGGGGAACCAACUGAAAAACUGAUCUUAGAUCCAACAAAGAAAUUAGAUAUGACAAAAGCACAAGGAGCAAUGUCAUUAGAAUAUGAACCUACUAUGCCCACAAAAUUUAUGGUUGGUACAGAGCAGGGUACAGUCAUGUCAUGUAACAGGAAAGCUAAGACGCCAGCAGAGAAGAUCGUUGCCAUUUAUCCAGGUCAUCUUGGACCUGUAUACUCACUACAGAGAAACCCAUUCUUCCCCAAAAACUUUCUCAGUGUUGGAGACUGGAAGGCAAGAAUCUGGUCUGAGGAUAUCAGAGAAUCUUCUAUUAUGUGGACAAAACAAUAUCAAUCAUAUCUCACAGAUGGUUGCUGGAGUCCUAUCAGACCCUCAGUGUUCUUUAUUACCAAGAUGGACGGUACUUUGGAUGUCUGGGAUAUUAUAUUUAAACAAAAUGAUCCUACACUCAGUUUGCAGGUUUGUGAUGAACCACUUCACAGUUUACGUGUACAGGAACAGGGACGUUUGGUGGCAUGUGGUUCCCACACUGGAACUACAACAUUAUUAGAAUUAUCAGACAGUUUAUAUACAUUACAGAGAAAUGAAAAGAACUUAGUUACAGCUAUGUUUGAAAGAGAAACAAGAAGAGAAAAGAUCUUAGAUGCAAGACAUAGAGAAAUGAAAUUAAAGGAAAGAGCUAAAAGUUCAGCUGACGGUGGAAAGGAUAAGGAGGAAGAGGAAGGUGGCGAGGCAGCUCUAGGAGGGGAUGAAGAUCUCUAUAAAAAAGCAGAGGAUGAAUUCUUUGAUAUCAUUAACAAAGAGAAAAAGAAUAUGGAGAAAAAGAAAGAUGCUGAAAUGGACAAGGCCGAUCCCGGAAAGCAAUCACCCAUACCAGAAGACCAGGAACAAGAAGCUGCAGGGGAAGGAGAGAAGAAAUAAAUCAUAGAUAAACAUAAGACAUAGACAAGAGUUACCAUUCCUGAACAUGUGCUAGCAGUGAAUAGUUUUCAUUCAGUCAUUUAAAAUAAAGCAUUUACUCUGCUGUUAAGUUUAUAUAAUAUGAACUGUUCAGAGAUGAUUGAAGCACAGCUCUUAGAUAAUCAUGGAUUUUCGAAAAUAGAUAUUUAAAGUUAGGAUACAUGUGUCAUGUUAC